AUGGAGAAAGAAGGCCUGGUGCGGUCCCUGGACUUCCUCAAGAAGAAGGACAUCACUGUGCGGUCUCUGACUACAGACAGACACCGUUCCAUUGGGAAACACAUGAGGGAGCAGGAACCAGGCAUCCUGCACUACUUCGACGUCUGGCACGUCUCAAAAAGCAUCAAGAAGAGCCUGAACGCGGCAAGCAAGGGGCAGGACUGUGGUGCACUUGCUCUGUGGGCACAGCCAGCUUCAAACCACAUGUACUGGUGCGCGGCAGCUAGCCGUGGCAAUGGUGACCUCCUUGUGGACGCCUGGGCAAGCCUAACCAGGCACGUCAUCAACGUCCACAAAGACCAUCCUGGGAUGUACACCCGGUGCUUUCAUGCGCCCAUUGAAGAAGGCGAAUGGAUGGAGCCAGAAACGCCUGUCCAUGCAAAGUUUGUGGACAUCGUGACGAGGAAGCAGCUGCUGAAGGACCUGCAACAGCUGUCCCCGGACACACAGACUUAUGCCCUGGUGUCUUACCACAGUGUCCUGAACGGCUUCGCAGCGAAAGGGUUUGCCUUCAGCACAGGAGGUAUGGUCGCCAGUCACAACUGCAGUAUGGCUGUGCUUUAUCAAAAUGAGUAG